GGUGGUGAGACUGAAUAGAGCACAUUUGGCAGCACAACAAACAGAAACAUUAAAAGCUCCCUAUCGGUGCAGGGUCGUAUUUUAUUUCUUAUUGUAGAAAGAGUAAUCUGAUUCCCUUUUACAAUAAAAACAUUUAUUAAUAAAGGUAAGGCCAAAUAUAACAUUUUAAUAUCAGAAUGUCAAAUUUCAGAUACUAGCAAGAUGUCACAGACUAAUUUCAUUUGGGCUAUGACUGUUUCCAUUUGUGAUUUCGGUUAAAAUCAAUCUAACCACGGAGUUUUACCAUAAUAAACUAUUAAAGAUAAUUAAAAUGCAGUCAUCAACUGUACGAGGCUAAUCGCCUCUCCGUUCAUUGAUGUCUGUCUCUUUUUUUUAUGAAUGGAAGAGAGGGGAAGGGAAACUGGAGGCUUUGUGAUAGGCUGCUAUCGGUUGACGUCACCUCCGCCAUGACGCGAUGCACCCAUUCAUAAAAAAGGGAAAAAACAAACAUUCCUAAGGAGAAACAGAGUGAAAGGGAGAAAGAAAGAGUGGCGGUGGAACUGUGCGUAAAGAGUAGUGUGGCUACAAUGCUCGGAUAGAGGAGAAGCGGCCACCGUAGGAUCCUGUGCGCCUUGUCCAGGUUUGGAGGGCGGUGGAGGCACCGAGAGCAUCAGAGAGGGGUCAUUAGCGACAGUGAAGCCUACACUCGCAGCCAGAAUCAACGUGCGAUGGAGGAGCUGUGCGAGAUGGACUGUACGGUGUUGAAGAGACUCCUGAAGGACGACAGCGCCAAAUGCCUGCUGUUGGACUGCCGUUCUUUCCUCGCCUUUAGCGCGGGGCACAUCCGCGGGGCAGUUAACGCCCGCUGCAACACCAUCGUGCGUCGAAGGGCCAAGGGCUCCGUGCUGAGCCUGGAUCAGGUCUUGGCCGGGGAUGAAGAGGUCCGGGGCCGGCUCCGUUCCGGAAUGUACUCCGCUGUGGUGCUGUACGACGAGCGGACGCAGGACUCGGAGAUGGUGAAAGAGGACAGCACCGUGACUCUGGUGCUCAACGCGCUGUGCAGAGACCUCUCCGGAACACGCAUAUACCUGCUCAAAGGUGGAUAUGACAGGUUUUUCACAGAGUACCCAGAGUUUUGUUUAAAGACCAAAUCCUUACCAUCCCUGACCAGCCAGUCCAGCAUUGACUCGGCCUGCUCGUCGUGUGGGACACCACAUCAUGACCAGGGAGGUCCGGUCGAGAUCCUGCCAUUCCUCUACCUUGGGAGUGCUCUCCACGCGUCAAAGAAGGAGCUUUUGGAUGCAAUAGGAAUCUCCGCCCUGCUAAAUGUCUCAGCUGACUGUCCCAACCAUUUUGAAGGGGCGUACCAGUACAAGUGUAUUCCUGUGGAAGACAACCAUAAAGAAGACAUCAGCUGCUGGUUCCUGGAGGCUAUUCUCUUCUCAGAUUCAGUACGGGACUCCAGUGGGCGAGUGCUGGUCCAUUGUCAAGCAGGCAUCUCCCGCUCUGCCACCAUAUGCCUGGCCUACCUGAUGAAGAGAAAACGGGUGCGUCUGGACGAAGCCUUCGAGUUUGUGCGCCGACGCCGCAGCAUCAUCUCUCCGAACUUCAGUUUCAUGGGCCAGCUGCUGCAGUUUGAGUCGCAGCUUCUUGCCACUUCGUGUGCCGCCGAAGCAGCUGCCACGGUAAGCCCACUGCUCGGACCCAAGUCGUCGACAGCCACCUCAUCAACGACAACCACACCCACCUCUCCAUUUAUUUUCAACUUCCCAGUCUCUGUGGUGAACCCUGCCUACCUGCACCACAGUCCAAUCACAACCUCGCCUGGCUGCUGAUGGAUAGCCAAGCACAGCCUUCCCCUGCCAAACUAGCCAAGCACAGAGUGGGCUGGCAGUGGCCAGAAGAGCUGUACAUGUGUUCCAAAAUGCAGAGGUGAGAAGCGUCACGGUGCCUGAUUCAAAAUUCAGAGACUGACAAAAACUUCUUGAAGUUCAGAAACCAGCCAGCGCUCCUUCCAUUUUAAUAUGAGAUUUAUUCAGGCUGACCAAAAAUGAACUGGCUUUCAGAACUUGCUUCAGUAAACAGUUUCGGACUGAGUCUUGGACUAAUGUUUACUGAAGAUACACCCUCUUCCUUGGAAAAAAAAAAA